GGCAGUUACCUGUCGGGGCUCCCCGGACAGGCAGCAACGGGGAGGUUUGGGCUGGCUGGGACGGAGGUGCCCACCUAACUUCCUGCUCUCCUGAACUUGCCCGCAUCUGCCCCUUGCAGAGCCGUUACCAGCUGUAAGGGCCGUAAGCGCUGGGCCUGCAGACAUCAUGAGCGUGGGCUUCAUCGGGGCUGGCCAGCUGGCCUUUGCCCUGGCCAAGGGCUUCACAGCGGCAGGUGUCCUGGCUGCUCACAAGAUAAUGGCCAGCUCCCCAGACAUGGACCUGGCCACAGUUUCUGCCCUCAGGAAGAUAGGGGUGAACCUGACACCCCACAAUAAGGAGACGGUGCGGCACAGCGAUGUCCUCUUCUUGACUGUGAAACCCCACAUCAUCCCCUUCAUCCUGGACGAGAUUGGCACCGACAUUGAGGACAGGCACCUUGUGGUGUCCUGUGCAGCCGGUGUCACCAUCAACUCCAUUGAGAAGAAGCUGAUGUCAUAUCGACCAGCCCCCAAGGUCAUCCGCUGCAUGACCAACACCCCAGUUGUGGUACGUGAGGGGGUCACCGUGUAUGCCACGGGUACCCACGCUCAGGUGGAGGAUGGCAAGCUCCUGGAACAGCUGCUGGGCAGUGUGGGCUUCUGCACAGAGGUUGAGGAGGACCUGAUUGAUGCUGUCACAGGGCUCAGCGGCAGUGGCCCUGCCUAUGCGUUCACAGCCCUCGAUGCCCUAGCUGAUGGCGGUGUGAAGAUGGGGCUUCCAAGGCGCCUGGCAGUGCGCCUGGGGGCUCAGGCCCUCCUGGGGGCCGCCAAGAUGUUACUGGACUCAGAGCAGCACCCAGGCCAGCUCAAAGACAAUGUCUGCUCUCCUGGUGGGGCCACCAUCCACGCCUUGCAUGUGUUAGAGAGUGGGGGCUUCCGCUCCCUGCUCAUCAACGCUGUGGAGGCCUCCUGCACCCGCACACGGGAGCUGCAGACCAUGGCUGACCAGGAGACGGUCUCGCCCGCUGCCAUAAAGAAGACUAUCUUGGACAAGGUUAAACUGGACUCCUCUGCAAGAGCCUCCCUGUCCUCUUCGGACCGUGCCAAGCUAUUGGCUCGCAACCUGGCUCCAGUAGGCCAAGACUGAGCAUCCUGGCCGCCUGUCCCCACUCUUCUUUUUUUUUUUUUCGUGCGUUGGUGUCUUCACUUUGUAGCACACCUGUUGGGCUCAGCAGUCUUCCUGCUUAGCCUCACAGGUGCGCGCUAAGACUGCAGGUGUGUGCCAUCACACCUGACUGCUCUGAUUUCUUCUCUCCCGACUCAAGGCUUCUGCCCCGGGGUCUCAAGCCCAAGGCACACAGUGUCUCCACAGUGGUCAACUGCCAUCCAGCCUAGCUCAACCAGGGCCACCUGGGGUCACAGUCAGGCAGGCGCUCGCCACUUCCCUGGGAUACUUCGUGAUCCCUGAGGGAGUGCCCAAUCCAGGAUGGCUUCCUGGGCCUCUUUUCCUCCAGGUUCCUCUGGAGCCCAGGCCUGCUGGGUGCCUUCCCCACCUCCAGUGUCAGCUGA